GCCCAUUACUUUUUAUUAGAUAACACUUGCUCCGUUUCUCUCUCUCCUUCUCUCUCCUUCUCUCUCUGCAUCAUUCUGUUUCAUUUAUCUUGCACCAAAAUCUCGAAUUUUCUGUUUUUAUUUUAGUUAUCGCCAUGUCGCAUAUCGCUCUCAACUCGGGCCAUAAGAUGCCCACCGUCGGCAUGGGGCUCUGGAAAAUCCCGAAAUCCGUUUGUGCCGACCAAGUUUACGAGGCCAUCAAGCAGGGAUACCGCCUCUUGGAUGGCGCCUGCGAUUACGCCAACGAAAAAGAAACGGGCCAAGGAAUCCGCCGCGCCAUCUCCGAAGGCCUCGUCACUCGCGAAGACCUCUUCAUCACCAGCAAGCUGUGGUGCACCUACCAUGCGAAGGAACAUGUCAAGCCGGCCCUCCAGAAAACCCUCGGCGACCUUCAGUUGGAGUACCUCGACCUCUACUUGGUGCACUUCCCCAUUGCCCUCAAGUUUGUGCCCUUCGAGGAGCGCUACCCGCCAGAGUGGUCCCAUCAGCCUGGAGGCCCUGUCAUCCCGGCCAACGUACCUUUCAGGGACACUUGGGAGGGCAUGGAGGCUCUGGCUGAUGACGGCCUGGUCAAAAGCAUUGGCAUAUCUAACAUGCCCGGCGCCCUGAUAUACGACCUACUGACGUAUGCACGCAUCCGACCGGCCGUCCACCAAAUCGAGGUCCACCCAUACCUUAUCCGCAAGCAGCUUGUUGACCUGGCCCACACCGAGGGCAUAGCGGUCACGGCAUACUCCUCCUUUGGCGACACCAGCUACCAUGAGAUCAACAUGGUGCCUACGGACAGAUCUCUUGUGCAUUUGCUGAAACACGGUGUUAUCAAUGACAUUGCUCACAGACUGGGCAAGUCGCCCGCGCAGGUGCUCUUGAGGUGGGCGGUGCAGCGGGGAUGCGCUGUCAUUCCCAAAUCAUCAAACCCGAAGAGACUGAAAGAGAACCUCGACUUGUUCUCGUUUGAGCUCGAGGAUGCAGAUAUGAGAGAGAUUGGGAAGCUUGAUAAGAACUUGAAGUUUAACGAUCCAGCUGUAUAUGCCAAGCGUGCAAUUUGGGCUAGCUAAGAAAUUCUGCAUUUUAUGAAAUAGAUACACAAUGUUUAUACACAGUUAUAAAUAAUAGUAUAGAAUGCUGAUCAAUCGAUCUGGUAAUCAAUCACAAGGGACGAUUGGCGAAUGAGAAAAAAAGAAACUAAAUAGGCUUGAACCGACAAUUUUAACCACAACA